UGGGAACAAUGAUAUACAGUGGCGGGGGCGUGUGGCGGGUUAUGUGGGGUUAUGUGCAAGUUAUGGAUGUUUAAAUAAGUGAAUGGUGAUCUCUGUUCCAGAUCGGUUUUGUGUUUGUUUGGAUAAGGCAUUUUAUUUAACAAAACGAAAAGUGAAAUGGGUAAAAGAAGAAAGCUAAGUACUCCAUCAACGUCAUCAGCUCCCUCACCUCGAAUGAGAAUAGAAAUAAAAGAAGAGAAGACAUACUCAGGAGGAGGGGAUAUAGUGAAUGCUCGUGACCGUCUUAAGGGAGCCCUGCAAGAAAUCCUGGACCAAAGUGAUGAUUCAUCUACAUCUAGUACUGAUGAACUUCUAGUAAAUGAAGCUAUUGCCCGACAACAGGCACUUAAAAAGGAAGCACUGCUUCAAAACAAUCAAAAUAUAAGAAAUCUACGACAACAACAGAGACGACGUAGACGCCGAGAAUUGCUAGCAGAAAGUGCUUUUCAUCAUACUUAUGUUAUGAAAUUAUUUGAUCGAAGUGUUGAUUUGGCCCAGUUUAAAGAAGACACGCCCCUUUAUCCUGUUUGUCGAGCGUGGAUGGCCAAUCAACCUCACAAUACAAAUUUAGUUCCGAAAUUGCGUACUCCAACACCAGAACCGCCACCUGAUGAAUCAAAUCCACUACUAGAGGGGACCAGUGGUUCAGGUGAUGAUGCAGAUUUAGUGCGAGACACCUAUAAAAUGCCUCCACCUUUGCCGUUACCAGAUGGUGAAUUGGAAAGGAAAAGAUUGAGAAUUCCUUCUCCAAUUCUUCGUGAACAUGAAGAGAUUGAACUUGAUUAUGAAGUCAAACCUCCUGUACCUCGAGAUACCCUCCUUAGAGACCAUAUAAUGCACUGGACUGCUGUUCGGAAGAAGUGGCAUGAAACUACCAAAACAAAUGCAGCUCGCUAUGAACCAAGUGCUCGCAUUUUAAAAGCCAUCUACAAAAAAGCUCAAAAGGCUUUUGAAUAAAAAUGAAGAAUUCUACAAUGCAAAAAAACAAAUUUAGUUCAUAUUUCAUUUACCAUAUUUGUGUUGUUUGUAAGAAAAUUUUUAUUUUCUGUAUGUGAGUUGUUUCUGCUUAGAAUUUUUAUAGAAAAAUCAAGUAUUGAAACUUAAGAACAGUUCUUGGAAAUGAGUAGAGAAUAAGUUGUAAGAAAUACUUGUGUAAGAAAUUGAUUUUUCUUUUUGGUAUAUCAUUCUGUUGAACAAAAUUGUUAUGUAAUGUGUAGAAAGCUGUGAUUGAACAUUAAAAUAUUCAUACAAAUAUCGACUUGAAAAACAAUUUAUGAAAGUGUCUGUGUAUGUAUUAUAAGUUUUAUACACAUGUACUAUGUAUUAAACUAUGAAAAAGCC